AUGGGCCGCGAAGGCCAGCCUACAGACAGCAACAUCUUUGUCCGAUUCAAACAGCACGUCGACUCCCACGUCGCCUCGGGCUUCCGCUCCCUGCUCGGGUUGACUUCGACGCCACCCCGCCAGGCCGCGACGAUGCCUUUGGGCUCCGACUCGCCCCCGAGUCCUCCCUCCUCUUCAUCCCGCACCAUGGACGCCCAGGAUAUGCGGCGCGCUCAUUGGGACUUGGACGUCUUCUCGCUCCUCUCCUCCGCCUCGUAUUCUCCUCCAGCUCUCCGCCACCUCCCGCAGCCCGUCCCAAACGACCUGGCGCCCGGCAUGGACUCGACUGUCUUCACCUUCGAGGACGCUUUUGAGGACUUGCUUGCUGCGUCUCAGGGCCAGCGUCUUCCGGAUAUCAAUGCUCGGUAUCAGCAAAGGAGGUUGCUUCGGCACAUGUUUCCGACAGGGGAGCCUACUUGGUUCUGGAUGCGCAGGUUGGAGUCGCAACGUCUGGUUCGAACUCCAAGCUGGGAGUCCUUUCCCCCAGCCUUGCUGCCAGACUGGGAAAACUUUCAUCCAACUACAGACUGGUCUGAGCUGUGGCGCGCUGCAAUCUCCGAGGAUCGCCCCGAGCCGAGCCACAACGACUUCUUCCACGAACUAGGCAAACCAUCCGGACCAGAGCGUGAUGAUGACUCUCCGCAUCAAUGGACCGGCUCUCGGGAGAGGCAGGUCCGACGACCGGCGCCAGACACAUUUGACCAUCUCUUCUCCUCCCUGUCCUCUGCUUUUGCCGAGAGUCAAACGUCAUGGGAUGCCUUCCUCAAUGUCAUCAUGACCCACGCUGCCCCAGGCGAGAAGUACCAGGACCCAGAACCCGCCGGCGGCACAAAGCAAGUCGAGACCCGCGACGAAUACGUCGAUCGCGCCGGCUACCUGCACAGCACCGUCACCCGUAGGACUCUGGACGAGCGUGGCAAUGAGAUCGGUCGCGAGACCUACGUUACAAUGCGGCCGGCCGACGACGACCAGGGCGAUGACGAAGACAGCGUCGAAUUCGACGGUCAAGGAUCCUCCAGCAAGAAGGCAGGCUGGUUUUGGAAAUGA